GCUACUUUGGCUGCCGUAACCCCGACGGCAGUUUCAAUCCCGAGAUGUUCAAGAAAAACUCAACCCAAGAAGCGAUUAAGAUGAUUGAGAUCAAAAUGAGUCAAGGAGCAAAGCCCUCGCACGGUGGUAUGCUUCCGGGAUCUAAAGUCACCAAGUUUAUUGCUGAAGCCAGAGGUGUCAAG